AUGGCAUGCUCGAAAAUAUUUUUAGGAGAUUUACCUGAGUUAAUAAAUAAAAUCAUACAAUAUUUUCAUAUAAAUGAUUAUAAAACAUUACAUUCGUGUAUACUUGUUAAUAGAUUAUGGUGUCGGGUAACAAUUCCAUUAUUAUGGGAAGAUCCAUUUUCAAUAGAAUCCCCUAAAAAUUAUCGUUUUAUUGAAAUUUAUUUAUGCUUUUUAAAUGAAGAUAGUAAAGCAAAAUUUGAUGAAUAUGGAAUUAAUGAUAAUUUAUUAGUACCUUCGAAUAAUACAUUAUUCAAUUAUCCUAGUUUUAUUAAAUACUUGGAUACAGAUAAAAUAUUUUAUUCUAUUAAAUAUUGGGUUAAUACUUUAGUAGAUAAAUAUAAUGAUAAGUUAAUUUAUAUAAUUUAUAGGUCAUUAUUUGAAGUGUUUAUUGGAAAUGAAGGAAAUAUAUAUUCUUUUAAAUUUAAAAUGAGUAAUAAUUAUGAUUAUAUGGAUUUGAUUUUACAAAAUCCAAAUCUUAUAUGCAAUAUCAGAAAUUUAAAUUUAAAUGGUUGUGCCAUUCAAUUUCAAAAUAUUAUUCCACUUUUGAAAUUUUUAUAUUCUAAUUGCAAUUCAAUUUCAUCGAUUAUUUUUGAUUUUAACGUUUAUUUUAGUAUCAAUAAUUAUUCAUUAAUUGAAAAAUGUUUAACACAAAUAAUUAUUUCACAACAUAAUCUCAAAAAAAUUUUAUUUAGAAUUUUUAGUAAUUUAAAUUUAUAUAAUCCAUUUUUAUCAUUAAAAAAUUCUAAUUGUUCAAAUACUUUAAAUACAAUUAUAUUUUAUUCCACUAAUUUUAAAACUAUAAUUAAUAUUUUAUAUGAGGUUUUUGAUCAUUUAAAUGUUUUAGAAUCUAUUCAUCUUAUUUAUUGUAAUUAUUUAAAUUCUGAUUUUGUUCAACAAAUUAUUAAGGUUACUAAACCUUUUAAAUUGAGAACUUUGAUUAUGAACUUUGAAAUAACACAUAUAUUAUGUAUUGAAUCAUUAUUAUUACUUUUACAGAAAUUUGGUAAUUAUUUAGAAAAUUUUGGAUUGGAAUUUGUUGAUAUAAUAGACGAUUAUUAUGAACCAAGAUCAAAACGACAAUUAUUUGAAAUUAUUAUGAAAAAUUGUAAAAAUAUUAGAUAUUUUGAUUCUAAUGUAUUUGAUGAUAAUAAUAUUUACUUAAUCAUUAAAAAUAAUCAACAUAAUAUUAAUUAUCUUACUAUUGAAGUGAAUUUUUAUGAUUAUGAUACUGUUUAUAAUGAAUUUAGUUCAACUGUAUUAAAAAAUUUAGGACAGAUUCUUCCUUCUAAAUUAGAAUAUUUAUGUUUGACUCUUUUAUUUAAUAAUAGUGAUCUGGAAAUAUUUUUAAAAAAUUCACAAAAUACUUUUAUUAAGAAAUUAUUAAUUAGAAAUAUAGUGGUGAAUGAAGAUGAAAAUAUUAAUAAUAUUAAUAUUUUAUUUUAUAUAAAAAAAUAUAUUUUGAAGAAGGAAAGGGUUAAAUAUUUGGCUAUUUUAGAAUCAGAUAAUGAUGAAGACGAAUUAUUUUUUUUUAAAGAAGAAGUAAAUGAAUUUAAAUUAUAUAAUAUUAUAGUUCAAAAAUACGAUGAUUUAUGUAUCUAUCAUUAUAGUUAUAUAAUUAAUAAUUAUUUACAAUAUUAA